AUGAUCGAUGCCCGACCGCUGGCUCACCGGUCCUGUACUGUCCAGAUCGAUGGAAAACCUCUCGCCUGGUCGAACGUAACCGAGUCUGCCAACGGCUCGGUUCGUGGAACCGCCGUUGAGAUCGGCUCUUACCGAAGCCUUACAGAGCCGAUCUUGUCGGCUCCACGGAGGGGCAGUGAUCGGCUCGGCAGGAACUGCAAUGACGUCAUCAUGGCUCUGCGAGAUGAGAAUUGGAUCAAAACUCCAAACUUAAAUGGUGAAAAUCCUGGAAGAUCCUGCAAAUCUGUCCCUCAAAACACUUUAUAUUCCAACUCCUUUGCCCGAAUGGACGACUCAAGCAGUGGACAGGCCAAACCUGAUGAACCAGAGCUGGGAAUAGAGCUUCGACGCCAAGCAGAUCUGAUCAUCCAGGACUUCAAACGACUGAGGAGGAACGUUAAUUCCUGGCCAACUGCUGUUGAAACGGAGGUCUCGCUUGAGAAACUAAGGCCCGAGAAAGAACUUCUGACUCGUUUGGACUCAAGCCUUUUACCUCAACUUCGACAACAAUGCGCCGAUCUGUCACGAUUGUUACGCAAAGGAUCCGACUUAAAAAAAGACCCGGCCUCAACUCUCAAGCUCAUCUCAGACAUCCAAGCCAAUCUUCAUCUCACUCUAGGCCAAAUUAUUGAGACGCUCAAUGCAAUUUUUCCCGGAAGAAUCCCCAAACCUUACCAGACAAAGGACCAACACUCCAACGAGUUCAAAAUCUAUAGACUCUACUGUUUCGAAAUUUCUAUCAGAAUCGAUCUGACAUUCCACCUCGAAUAUCUGUUCCAACAGUCCGUUUAUGUGAUCAAAGAUUUCAAGCUCUCGAAGAACGUUCAUCGAUGUUAUAUGCAGUGUGCAUCUUCUAAUACCGACGAGGCAAUCGAUUCGGCCAUUGGAUUUUCAAAGAAGUCCGAACUAAGUCUGAUCUGGGAUAAUUGGGAAAACGCGCUGGACCAUUAUGAUGAGAAAUUAGAACUACUAUUAAGCCGGAAGGAUUCGAUGCGAAUUGAAGAUGACAAUCUCUGGAGUGAAGCAGCCAUCGACCUCGUUAACUCACUCAUCCCAGUUUUCAAACUAUCAAGACUGUUUUUCAAGAAAUUAUAUCGACAGAGAAUCAAGCAACAAGUCAAGUUAUUUACAGAGAUGUGCUCUGAUCAACUGUAUUGGUUAGACCGAUCAACAGAUGACAUACGCAAAUCGCUUUGCUGUAUUCUGAUUUGGAUCGGAGAUGUUGAUCGCCUUGAAGAUGUUGAUCGCCUUGAAGAUGUUGAUCGCCUUGGCCCCCUCGAAACUAUGCUGGCAAUCGUGGAAGGAGUCAAACAGCUUGUUACCUAUUUCAAAUCUUAUCUAUGUCUUAUCAACCGGCAUAUUAUCCCUCAUCUAUUCCCAGUGGACAUUGAUUUCACUUCUUAUGUUUAUUUCCAAAAUUGGUACAUUACUUGGGCUACUUCCUUUCUACUGGCUACUGAUAAUUCUAUUCAGAUUGCCCAAUCAUUUGAUGAGACUUGA